AUGGGAAGUUUUCAAGUGUACAUGAUGCGAUCUGUGGAAUUUGCUGCCACAACAGGUAAGUGAUGGUCACUCAUUUGAUGGUUUUAGAAGGAUGCUGAAUAAAUUCAUGGAGGACAAAGCUGUCAAUGGUUGUUCCAUUGCACUUCCGGUGUCGUUAUCAUCGUCCUCACUAUCUGUUUCGUUAGCACUGUACAGUGGUACCUCUGGUUGCGAACAGGAUCCGUUCCGGAGGCCUGUUUGCAACCUGAAAAGAACGCAACCCGCGUCUGUGCAUGCGCGCGACGUCAUUUUGCACAUCUGCUUAUGUGCCAGCAGCAAAACCCGGAAGCAACCCUUUCCGGUACUUCCGGGUCGCCGCAGGACGCAACCUGAAAAUGCGCAACCUGAGGCAAACGUAACAUGAAGUAUGACUGUACAUACAUUAAAAGGUAAGAGGGUCACUGUCUACAGGCUCACAAUUCAAUAGACAUAGCACAGGAGGGAAAAGGAGAGAAGAGAACUAAAACAGGAGCAGCUGCUCCUUCACUAGCCAACGGAUGGGGUCAGUUGUUUAAAACUGCCAUUUUGCUCUCUGUCCACACACCUCUCUUUACGCAAACUUCCCCCAGUCAUAUUUCCCCCUUCCUGUGUCCCACCCUUCUUGCUGUACUCAAACUUCUCCUUUUUCUAUUCCUCAGCUACCUUGUGUGAGAGAGAUAAAAGAUGUAGAGCCCUCAAAUAUCCAUAGCCCUUCCAAAUAUUCCAAGCCACCAUUUUCCUCUCAGUUUCCUCCAUGCUUGUUUUACUCAGAGUUCUGAGUAAUUACUACACCCUUGUGCAAAUUAACUGAAACAAAGCAAGUUUUCUAUCUUACUCGUAAUCCUGUACUCAAAACAAACACGAAAAGUCAGUUGAUCGUUAUGGUGUCGGAAGCCUGCAGCCAAUAGAAGGAAUGAUGCGCUCGCCACAAUAUAUUGAGGUUCUACGAAAUAGAGUUAUUCCAGAGCUGGAAAAGAGGUAUCUUGAUGGUACUGGGAUAUUGCAGCAGGACCUAGCCCCCUGUCACACAUCGAAAGUGGUGAAGAAAUUCACAACAGAGCAGCAAAUACAGGUACUUGAUUGGCCAGGGAAUUCCCCAGACGUAAAUCCCAUUGAGAAUUUGUGGGCUAUAUGCAAAACUCGCCUCUGUGCUGUAGACUGUACGACUCUGGAGAAGCUCAUUUAGGCGCUGAUUCAAGUGUGGUACAGGGAUCCGAAAAUCAACAGUGACUCUUCGAAACUAGUAAACUCCAUGCCAAACCAUGUUCAAAAGCUGCUUAAAAAUAGCGGAGGUCAUAUCCGCUACUAAUGUACGUAUAUGUGAGUUUUGUACAUGUCUAUGUGAGUUUUGUACAAUAAACUACAUUGUUUGUUUCAAUUAAUUUGCACAAGGGUGAACUUACCCCUUCUUAGUUCUCUCCCGUCUUGCUCCCAUGCCAUGCCUUCGCUUUUGCUCCCCGACUCCACCCUGACUUCAUGCAAGUCCAGGAUUGUGACGCGACACCAAAAAGUCUCCAAUGAGGGCUGUGUGAUGACCGUCCUUACGUUUUUAUUAUAUAAGAGACAAAUGAAAACCAGCCAAUAGAUCUAGAAGGCAGGCGCGUGCGCGCGCGCACACACACACACACACACACACUCCUUCUUCUGGCGCACCAGGUCUUGCCUUGAAGAGCAGAUUAAGUCGUCUCCUCUCUUUCAUGGAUUGGAAAACAGACUCUGAACUGGCACCCCUUCCAUCUUCCUAGCUCCCCGAAUUGACAUCACUGGCAUAUGAGAUCAUCAGCAUGUUUACUCUCAUAGCAGAGAGACUGGGAAACAUUAUUAGUAUAGAAUGAGAGAACCCCCACCAUCUACAUCUUUUGCCUUUCCCCUCCUUCCUUUUGAUGCGGCUGAGUGUUUCCAGUUGCAUUCCUACAAUCUGUAAACUCUUGCCGGGUUUUUGUUUUCUUUUGUUUUUGCAUUUCAUUUUAGUCUUUCUUCUCCUGCUCCUGUCUAGCCUAUUAGCCCAGAAUGUCGGUGUUUAUUAAAUCCAGAUACCUAUUUAUCUAUUGCUCUGCCUUGAUGCAAUACCUAUAAGUGUGCAUCCACAGAAGCGAGGCCUCAAGUAUAAUGUUCCAUUACAGUGAAAUGUUUACGUGAAGGAAACCAAGGAGUUUAGCUAUUAUAAACCUGGAGACUGUCAGUUCAGUUACCAGGCUGUCAUAUACAGGGUGUGAUAAACUGUACACUGAGUCCCGUGUCUGCAUGGUCUUAGCAUCUACACUAGUGGCCAAAACUGUGGAAACCUUUUGGAAAAAGUGUACAGUGGUACUUCGGGUUAAGAACUUAAUUCGUUCUGGAGGUCUGUUCUUAACCUGAAACUGUUCUUAACCUGAGGUACCACUUUAGCUAAUGGGGCCUCCCUCUGCUGCCGCGCCGCCGGAGGACGAUUUCUGUUCUCAUCCUGAAGCAAAGUUCUUAACCCGAGGUACUAUUUCUGUGUUAGCAGAGUCUGUAACCUGAAGCGUAUGUAACCCGAGGUACCACUGUAUUUGGCUAUAACUUUGAUAGAAUACUGAUAAUUGAACUUUGUUGCAUUACAUUCUUCAUCAAAUUAUCUUUCAAUUGAUAAAUAAUUUUAUGGUAUUACUCAAAAAAAAGUGGUUUUAUGAGCCACCAAACCUCGGAAAUACAGUGGUACCUCGGGUUACAUACGCUUCAGGUUACAGACGCUUCAGGUUAAAGACUCCGCUAACCCAGAAAUAGUACCUCGGGUUAAGAACUUUGCUUCAGGAUGAGAACAGAAAUCGUCCUCCGGCGGCGCGGCAGCAGAGGGAGGCCCCAUUAGCUAAAGUGGUACCUCAGAUUAAGAACAGUUUCAGGUUAAGAACGGACCUCUGGAACGAAUUAAGUUCUUAACCCGAGGUACCACUGUAACCAGGAAAAAGAAGCACAACUUGCUUAGGCUGAUAUGCAGUAGUUUUCCUUCAUUUGAAUGUAGCCAAUGCGCAUGGGUAUUUAGAGAGCCAAUUAGGUGUUAUGAGCCAUCAAACCUCAGAAUUUCUCCCUAAGAUCUCACACAGAGCCUGUACCAGAGACUGGCUGGGCCCAUGCACUGGUUCCUAGUGGCUUGCCAGAUUUCUGACAGGAAGGGGAAGGUUUGAGAGAAGAACUGCAAGAGGGAUUACUUUUAUCUAGAAAGCGAAGGAGAUUUUAUCCCUCUUUAUCCUCACAAGAACCCUAUGAGGUACAUUAGGCUGAGAGAUACAGACCCUACAUUAAAAGCAGUAUUGUACCACUUUGAACAGUCGGGAUUUCUCUCAAAGAAUCCUGGGAAUGGUAACUUGUUAAAGAUGCUAAAAGUUGUUAGGAGAGCCCUGUUGACCUCACAGAGCUACAAUUUCAAGAGCGGUAUCAGUAUAAAAGGUUGCUUUUGUUUCCUUUUAGAUGGGGUGGAACGCCGCGUGCAAUCCCAAUUAAUUGUUUUUCUAUGCUCUGUCCUUUAAAUGAGUUGCUCAACUUAAGAGCACCGACAGAUGCAAUCUUAUUCUUUCAAUAUAUAUUUUAAUUAAGUAUUUCAAUGAAGGCCUUUAGCUAUCGCAGGUGUGGAGAACCUACAGCCCUCCAGAGGUUGCCGAACUACAACCCCCAUCAGCCCCGGCAAGCAUGGCCAAUGGUCAGAGAUGAUGGGGGUUGUAGUUCAGCACAUAUGGAGGGCUGAAGGUUCCCCGUGUGUUAUGUAUUGAGUUGAAUAGGAUCCAAAAUGCAGCCGUCUGAUUGGUCCUAGAACAAUAGGAUUCAGAAUGUAGCAGUCUGAUUGGUCCUAGAACAAUGCAGCAGUAUGAUUGGUCCGCAGGAGCCACCCAAUCCAGCUCCAAGUGGAAGUGAAUCCGUAACCUGAUUGGCCUACAGGAGAAUCCCGGAAUUAGCCAAUCACAUGCAGCCCAUUGUGUAAAUAUUGUAUAUAAAGCAGAUAUUUUGGGGGAACCUUCAUUCCUCACUACUAUGAGCUGAAUAAAGAGCAUGAAAUCCACACUCAACUCCGAGUAUAUUUCACCAUGGAAAUGCUUGCAAGGCACAGCACCAUGAUCUCACAACUAAAUUCCAAGGGAAGCAUCAGUUUUCAUUUUUUCUCAAGUUGUGUAAAAUGUUCAAGAGUUCGAAUCUACAGGCUAAAACAACAAUACUCUGGAGAACGGGGGUGCUGUCACAGACCCCUUAACAGCCACUUGCUUCAAGUCCGUUGAAAAAGUUCAUUUUUAACUCACUUACCCUACUCCAGCACCAUUUUUUUUUUUAAAAAAGUUAAGAGUUACUUUUUCUUUCUUGGGGUGAUAUCAGGAAAUCAGGAAUUUUGUUGAGAACAUGAUGGUCUGACUACAUGACAACAUCAUCUGAGGGCAAAGAAAGCCAACUGAGAAUGAGGACAAUGGAAUUAUUUGUGAAAGUUGCUCCCUUAGCAUUUUCAGUAAAUACUCUCACUGCUUUGAGCACAAAUGCGCAUAACUGUGCCUUGAACUCAGUGCUCCUGAGAAGUCCGCUCAAUUACUGUAAUCUUGCAAAAUUUCAUUAUGGGGGGGGGGUUGGAGGGGACAGGUAAUUUAACGGACAGCAGCUUCUUGUCCAGCAAUGCCGCUGGGUUUCACUGGUUAUGCAACUGUUGAUGAUGCCCCAAUAAAACUUUCACACAGCCCCAUUCUUCUUGUUGUUGUUUAGUCGUUUAGUCGUGUCCGACUCUUCGUGACCCCAUGGACCAGAGCACGCCAGGCACUCCUGUCUUCCACUGCCUCCUGCAGUUUGGUCAGACUCAUGUUUGUAGCUUCGAGAACACUAUCCAACCAUCUCGUCCUCUGUCGUCCCCUUCUCCUUGUGCCACCAUCUUUCCCAACAUCAGGGUCUUUUCCAGGGAGUCUUCUCUUCUCAUGAGGUGGCCAAAGUCUUGGAGCCUCAGCUUGACGAUCUGUCCUUCCAGUGAGCACUCAGGGCUGAUUUCCUUAAGAAUGGAUAGGUUUGAUCUUCUUGCAGUCCAUGGGACUCUCAAGAGUCUCCUCCAGCACCAUAAUUCAAAAGCAUCAAUUCUUCAGCACUCAGCCUUCUUUAUGGUCCAGCUCUCACUUCCACACAUCACUACUGGGAAAACCAUAGCUUUAAGUAUACGGACCUUUGUUGGCAAAGUGAUGUCUCUGCUUUUUAAGAUGCUGUCUAGGUUUGUCAUCACCUUUCUCCCAAGAAGCAGGCGUCUUUUAAUUCCGUGACUGCUGUCACCAUCUGCAGUGAUCAUGGAGCCCAAGAAAGUAAAGUCUCUCCCUGCCUCCAUUUCUUCCCCUUCUAUUUGCCAGGAGGUGAUGGGAUCAGUGGCCAUGAUCUUCGUUUUUUUGAUAUUGAACUUCAUCCCCAUUCUAGAACGACGCAAAGAACGUUUCAGUGUCUUGGAAGGACCCGAUAUCGUAACAGCCAACUCCUUUUCCAGGUGUGAAUACUUAACACAGGCAAAACAGCACACAAGAUGGAGGAUGGGCAGGCUCAGGAGAACCCCAAGGUUGGCAGAAGUAGGGGGAAACAGGGGGAGGGGCCAAAACCACCCAGCGAGGACUGAGCAUGCUCAGUGGACGUGGAACAGAUGAUAUGGGGAAGGACCAUAGUUCUGUGUUAGAGCAUCUUCUUUGCAUGCAAAAGGUCCCAGGUUCCACCCCUGGCAUCUCCAGGUAAGGCUUGGGAAUGACUCCUUGGUCAGUGUAGACUGUACUAAGUGAGAUAGAUUAGUGGUCAGACUUGGAAGGUGUAAGGCAGUUUCCUGCAUCCUAUAAACAGGGCAGCUGUUUAUCAGCUCCACCUGGUACGCAGGCUGAGACCCUACCUGCCCGCAGACCGCCUCGCCAGAGUGGUGCAUGCUCUGGUUAUCUCUUGCUUGGACUACUGCAAUGCGCUCUACGUGGGGCUACCUUUGAAGGUGACCCAGAAACUACAACUAAUCCAGAAUGCGGUGGCUAGACUGGUGACUGGGAGCAGCCGCCGAAACCAUAUAACACCGGUCUUGAAAGACUACACUGGCUCCCAGUACGUUUCCGAGCACAGUUCAAAGUAUUGUGCUGACCUUUAAAUCCCUAAACAGCCUUGGCCCAGUAUACCUGAAGGAGCGUCUCCACCUCCAUCGUUCUGCCCGGACACUGAGGUCCAGCACCAAGGGCCUUCUGGCGGUUCCCUCACUGCGAGAAGCCAAGUUACAGGGAACCAGGCAGAGGGCCUUCUCGGUAGUGGCGCCCGCCCGGUGGAACGCCCUCCCACCAGAUGUCAAAGAGAAAAAUAACUACCAAACUUUUAGAAGGCAUCUAAAGGCAGCCCUGUUUAGGGAAGCUUGUAAUGUUUAAUAGGUUAUUGUAUUUUAGUGUUUUGUUGGAAGCCGACCAGAGUGGCUGGGAAACCCAGCUUUGGCUGGUCAGUGUAAACAAUGCUGAACUGGGUGCACCAAUGGUCUGGUUGAGUAUUAGGUAGCUCCUUGUGUUCUUCUUAUCUUUGGCAAGGGCUGUAGCUCAGGGGAAAAGUACUUGCUUUUGCACACAGAAGGUCCCAGGUUCAAUCUUCAGGUGUGGUCUGAAAUUCUGGGGAGCUGCUGCCAGUACUGAAUUAGAUGGACCUGGCAUGGUAUAAGGGAGCUUCCUAGGUUCUUAAAUGCUGCCUGUUGGGGGAAAACCAGUGAGGGGCAGGAAUAGACUGGUCCUGAAAGACCUACAUUGGCUCCCAGUAUGUUUCUGAGAACAAUUCAAAGUGUUGGUGCUGACCUUUAAAGCCCUGAAUGACCUCAGUCCGGUAUACCUGAAGGAGUGAGUGUCUCCACCCCCAUCGUUCAGCCUGGACACUGAGGUCCAGCUCCGAGGGCCUUCUUGUGGUUCCCUCACUGCGAGAAGUGAGGUUACAGGGAACCAGGCAGAGGGUCUUCUUGGUGGUGGCACCCGCCCUGUAGAAUGCCCUCCCAUCAGAUAUCAAGGAAAUAAACAACUACCUGACUUCUAGAAGACAUCUGAAGACAGCCCUGUUUAGGGAAGUUUUUAAUGUUUGAUGUUCUAUCGUGAUUUUAAUAUUCUGUUGGGAGCCGCCCAGAGUGGCUGGGGAAACCCCACCAGAUGGGCGAGGUAUAAAUUUAUUAUUAUUAUUAUUAUUAUUAUUAUUAUUAUUAUUAUUAGUGGCUGAAAUGUUUUAUUGCUUUAUGAUGCAAUGUUUUGUUGCAAAUCCCACUUGUAGUCUAGUAUUUCUGAUGCAGCUUCAACGGAAUCGUAGGUAAGGAUGCAUCAAAGCAACGUCAAACUGUGUGGUUUCUGAGAAGAGCAUUUCUGAUGGGUUUUGGUCGUGUUUCCGAAGUCUUGCCAGGUUUCAAAGGUUGGUGGCUGCAGGAAAGACCUAUCAUAAGUAGCGCAGCAGGGGAAGAAGAAGAAGAAUUUGGACUUGAUAUCCCGCCUUUCACUCCCCUUAGGGAGUCUCAAAGUGGCUAACUUUCUCCUUUCCCUUCCUCCCCCACAACAAACACUCUGUGAGGUGAGUGGGGCUGAGAGACUUCAGAGAAGUGUGACUAGCCCAAGGUCACCCAGCAGCUGCAUGUGGAGGAGCAGGGAAGCGAACCCAGUUCACCAGAUUACGAGUCCACCACUCUUAACCACUACACCACGCUGGGAAGAGCCAUCGCUCAGUGCGAGAGCAUCUGUUUUCCAGUCAGAAGGUCCCAGAUUCAAUCCCCAGCAUCUCCAGGUAGUAGUGCUGGGAAUAUUCCCUGCCCAAAACCCUGGAGAACUUCUGCCAGUCGGUGUAGACAAUAUUGAGCUCAAUGAACCAAUGGCUUGGCUCAGUAGAAGGACGUCUGCUGUGCUCCUCGGAAUCAUGGGUGCUUGUUGGUCUGACUUGACCACAGGAUGACAAGCCAUGAUGGAUACCUUGCAGCAAGUCCCUUUGACUAUAACAAGACUUCCUUCAGAGUAGACACACUAGUUCCCUGUUAGAUGAUCAGGUAUCAGGUAGGCUAGAGUUCCAGGACCUUGGAUAGUUCCUAACAGACAAUUUACUCCAAUAAAGGUCUGGAGCGCCAUUCACUCUUGGAGCAGACCAUUCCUUCCAGGAUCCUUCCCCCUUCCCAAAGAGCGUAAAGCCUUAAAGGGGCAGGCCAUUGGCCCAGAACAGAAACGGGCAGCCAUCAGGCUUGUGGGAUAUUCUUUGUUUUUUACUGGAAUCUUGAAGGCCACCAACCAGAGCAAAAUAGUGGCUAAUAAUAAUAAUAAUAAUUUUUAUUUAUACGCCGCCCUCCGCAGCCAAGGCCAGGCUCAGGGUGGCUAACAAGCAAUAAUAAAAACAAGUUGAAUGAAUACAACUUAAAAACAAGAUUAAAAUACAACAGCUAAGCUAUGUGGACAUAGGUUGUAAGAAUUAAGGGCAAGGUGACAGUCCGGAAAUAUUUGAUUAGUACCAGAACUCCCAUCAGAUGUCAAACUAUAUGACUUUUUGAAGACACCUGAAGGCAACCCUGCAUAGGGAAGCUUUUAAUGUUUAAUAAUGUUUUAAAUAUUUUGCUGGAAACCACCCAGAGUGAGUGGAGCAUAAAAAAUGUUGUUGUUAUUAAGCUUGCAAAUCUUUCCACACAAAAAUUCACUCCCAAAAUUUAUAUAUAUAUAAAUAUAGUUUUAAUUAAAUUUUCUGUUUUAGAAUUUUAAAUACUCAUUUAAACAUUCUUAAAAUAUCAAUGACUUCCCUUCUUCUCUUUCCAUGGUUCAUUUUGCAUAUCAUAAAUCCCUGCAUAUUUUACACAAACUAAACCAUUCAGUAUUCCAUUAUUACAUCCAUCAAAAUUAAUUUACACUGUUGAAUUUAUCUUAAUGCUGCCAAUGUUUUCAAGUGUACACAAUUUCCCCCCUUGCAUUCAAUAAAUGUUUUCCAGUCUUCUCUAAAUGUAUGUUCUUCUUAUUCUCUUAUUCUAUAUAUUAAGUCUGCACAUAUUCUGUCAUCUUAAGUUGCCAUUCUUUAGUCGAUCAUUUUCCAUUUUUGGGCUAACAAAACACGGGCAGCAGUACUGGCAUACAUAAAUAAACUUUUUGACACCUGCAAAUUUCCAUCUGAAUUAUCCCCAACAAAAAGGACUCUGGUUUUUUUGGAAAGGUACUUUAAAACAUUUUUUUCCAAUUCAUUAUGAAUUAUUUCUCAAUACUCUUUUACCCCUUUGCAAGUCCACUCCCAAAAAUUUAUCAACCCCCUGCCAGUGUUCUUUUUCAGCAACCUAAUUUAGGAGAAUAAAACAUUUUAGUCAUUGAUGUUCUUAAGACAACUAGGAACCAGUAACCCAGUCAACUUGCAAAUCAUCCAGAGAUCUGGCAGUAGACCUGAUCUAUCUUCUACUCAACCUUGGUCUAGAGGAGGAGCGGGGAACCUCAGUUUGGAAUACCAAAUCAGGCCCUCCAUGCCUCUCUGCCUGGCCCUCAGAAUGUUUCUUAGGCCACACCCACUCUCCCAAAGGCCACACCCUUCAGUGGCCCUGUUAUGAACUGCAAGUGUUUCUGCCUUGCUGGGACGUGUCCUUGAGCUCAGCUAAUGCCUCUUGCUUGUCUGGAAGGAGGAUACAGACAGGUGUGUGCCAAGGGUGUGCAGAAACUAGCCUGAUGAACAAAGGUAAUGUUUUCAUUUGUUGCUUGGCCUUCCUUAGCCUCUGGUCCCACCCAACACAGGCAACUUGGUCCUCAGAAGGUUGCUCAGAACCGAAUGUAUCUUCUUCUUCUUCUUCUUCUUCUUCUUCUUCUUCUUCUUCUUCCUCUUCUUCUUCUCCUCCUCCAUCUCCUUCAUCUCUUUCUAAUAAUAAUUUUUAUUAGAACAGAAUGUAUCUCUUGGGUUGCAAAGGGUUUACUACCCAAGGCCUAGAGCCUAGCACUCUCAGUCAGCUCCCACCUUGUGUGUUCCCUGUGUUGGUGAGCAGGCACUGGGGCAUGUGAGGCCCCUGGAAUACACAAGGCCCGUUCUCCAGGCCCAAGGGGUCUUGCCUCUGUGUUUGAGACUCAAGGGACUCCAGAUCAGUGUCAGAGAGCAGGCUCAGUCCAGCACGUUAGGUGCUUAUGUUCCUCCAAAGCCAGCCGGCCAGCCCCUCCUCUGUGUCACAAUCCCAGUGAAUCAGGGCCAUGAGAUCGGAGGGGAGGGACAAUAGCUCAGUGGUAGAGCAUUUGCCUUGCCUACGGAAGGUCCCAGUUUCAAUCACUGGCAUCUCCGGGUAUAGCUGGGGAAAACUCCUACCUGAAAACUUAGGGAGCUGCUGCCAGCCUGUGUCAACAUUACUGAGCUCCCAGUCUCUCUGUCUGCUCCUCAGGACUCUCCUCAACCCAUGCUCCUCACUGGCCCAGCGCUGCACCCUCCUCAAGGACUUUUGCCUGGCUGGAAAAUGUCCUUAGAAACAUUACUGAUGUCUCUUGCUUGUCUGGCGCCCUGGUGCCCCGCGCCACUAGCCUCUAUGGGUAAGACGCCCCUGUCCGCUUUAUCACUACCCUAAGGAAUCUCAAGGGACGCAGGUGGCGCUGUGGGUUAAACCACAGAGCCUAGGACUUGCCGAUCAGAAGGUCGACGGUUAAAAUCCUUGUGACGAGGUGAGCUCCCGUUGCUCAGUCCCUGCUCUUGCCAACCUAGCAGUUCGAAAGCACGUCAAAGUGCAAGUAGAUAAAUAGGUACCACUCCGGCGGGAAGGUAAACGGCGUUUCUGUGCGCUGCUCUGGUUUGCCAGAAGCAGCUUAGUCAUGCUGGCCACAUGACCCGGAAGCUGUAUGCUGGCUCCCUCGGCCAAUAAAGCGAGAUGAGCGCCGCAACCCCAGAGUUGGUCACGACAGGACCUAACAGUCAGGGGUCCAUUUACCUUUACCUUUAAGGAAUCUCAAAGUGGCUAACAAUCUCCUUUCCCUUCCUCCCCCACAACAAACACUCUGUGAGGUGAGUGAGGCUGAGAGACUUCAGAGAGGUGUGACUGGCCCAAGGUCACCCAGCAGCUGCAUGUGGAGGAAUGGGGAAGCAAACCCAGUUCACCAGAUUACGAGUCCACCACUCUCAACCACUACACCACACUGGCUCUGUCUAAAACCCUGCUGCCAGUCCGUGUGGGCACAGGACCGAACAAGAUGGAGCCAUCAGCUUGACUCAGUGCAAGGCAACUUCCUACAUCCUUGUGGAGGCGGAAUUGCAAAGGACCUCGACAGAGUAGGUCCUGAAGUGGUGUGAAAAUGUGAAAGGGAAGCAACGGAACUAAUGAGACACAUUGCCACUAAUUGAGAAGCCCAAGUCUAAAAUCUCUGCGGACAUGUGGAAAUGGUUGUCGGGACCUUUGAGGCCUCACCACCGCAUUCUUCAAGAUGGUAGACUUGGCAUGCUUAACUAAAGCUUUUAAACCUCCACCCGCCCGCCACCUUUGUCAUUGGACUCUAGCUGGACUCCUGUCAUUAUCAACUAAAGUUCACGGUCCCCCUCCCCCCGCUCCUCUCUCUUUUUCUUUCUUUCAUUCCCCUUAAAGAUUACAACCUGGGCAAGUUUGCUGUUACCCCUAAACAUCGUUUCUCCAAUUACAAGCUACGCUGACAAUUAUAGUGAUUUAAAACCAAACUAAUUGCAAAGUACUUUGAUCAUGCUUAGCACAACUUGCGGUCUGUAGGCUGCAGCUAGUUGAAAGGAACCGUUAGAAUCCCAAUUUCCCUUUAAUAUAAAUUUUAAGUUGAUAUAUAAGACAGGAUUCCCAUCUCAAAAUUAAAACCUUGGAAUUUCUCCCCUAACCCACUUCUUUUAAAAUAUAUGUCUCUGGAUGGCCAGGGCUGGUUUGAUCAUCCCUCCCUUAAAUUAAAAUUUCCUGCGGCACUUGGUACUUGAGCUGAAAUUGACUUUCCUUGCAUUUGUAUUUAACUGGGAGAAGAAUUUUUAAAUUAUUGAGCUGCUGUUUUUGAGGAGGGAAGGGGAAGUGCAGUACUGCCAGUAGUUUUUUUAAAAAAAGCAACCAGAUUGAUAUUGUUUUAGCAAGAUAGGACUUUAUAAGUCCUUACAGAAGAGGCUGUCAAAGCUGGCUGUGUUGUGGACUGAAUUUGUGUUGCACUGAUGUGGAAUUAAAACAUUUUAUUUGCACAACAAAGCCUCAGAACUCGAUUUCUCAUCCUUUGCUCCCUUCCUUUCCAGUGAAAUGUUUCUUAAUGGGUUUUGUAUUUUGCACUUUAGAAACGUAAUAAUUACAAGGAUACUAAUUUAAUAUAGGAUUUGGGGGAGAUUUCUUGUUUUGUGUGUAAGGGGGUGAAAUGGGAUGGAAUGCUUUGCAGUUCUUCUAAAAUGAAAUGACUACAAUAGCCCUGGGCUUAGAGACUGGACUCCGAUACUCACCUGGGAACAGGGAUGUCAAUUUUUGUUUCUCUUUGACUCCGUUCUCCACAUUUCUACAUCCGUUAACUAUUAUUUUUUUAAAAAAUCCUCAUGAAAAUUUAGUUUUCCUAAAACACACAUUUGUCUACACAAUUUUGCCUAGUAUACCCAUUUUUGCAAACCAAUUCCCCCUAAAAUAAUGCCUUUUGGUAUGCUGUUUUUCACAAAUGUGUGCUCACUUAUGCUCACUUUCCCCUAGUACAUGCAUUUCCCUACACAUUACUUGGCAAUGGGAAUGCAAAAAUCAGAGAAGGGCAAUUUUCAAAUGACUGCUAUGUUUCAGUUUGCAUAUCGUUUUGGAAAAUGCAAAUUAGAUGAGUUCCUUUUAACAUGCAAACUGAAUUGAAUUUCCCCUCCAUCCCUACCUACUUCAGAGCCAACCCCAUUAAACUCAAAUGGAAUUUACUUCUGAGUAAAAAUGUAUAAGGCUUGGAAUGUAAAGCAGACUUGCUAGUCAUUACACCCUUUUUUCCUAGGGAUGGGGAAGAAACUCCUGAACUCCGCUUGAAUGCAAACCAACGUGCAUUGUUCAGACCUGCACAAUUUGCAAUGUGGUUCUCCAACCCACCCCCCCAAAAAAAGAGCUGUACAAAAAUAUGUAUAUUGGGGUGAGGAAUUGCAGGUGUUAGUGAAAAUUACAUAAAAGCAUGAAUUGCCGUUUGGUGAAAUUGCUUGCAAAAAGUGCAUACGUUAAGCAAAAUUGUGUUUAUAUGCAUGUAAGGCAAAAUGCACACAAAAAUGCGUACGGAUUUUCAUGCAGGCUUCCUCCCCCCCCCAAAAAAAUAAUCAUAAACUUAUGCAAGAAUGUGGAAAACUUAAGAUUGGAAAAAUGAGACGCUGAGAGAAACCCAAAUUGCUAGAUUUGUGCAUCCUGCCCCAGACUCUACCUAGGGAUGGGCGAAUCUUUUGAUCUGGGGUUUCUCAUUUUUUCAGCCUCAAGUUCUCCAACUUUCUGCAUCGGUUUGCAAAUCCUUUUUUGAAGCCCUCGCGAAAAUUCGCCAUCGUUCUCGUGCGAAUUUCUUGUGCUUCACAGGGACACUUCUGCAGGCAAACUCCACGAGCAAAAUGCAUCUUCUUUCCUCCCCCUCCCUAUUAGCACACCCCUUUGGGCACAGUUUCCCUUAACCUAUCCGUUCUUGGGCACAUCAUUUGGUCAUAGAACUGCACCACGAAACCUGGAGCGAAGAACGAAUUUUCAGGGAGACAGCUGAGGUUCAAGCUUGCGAAUGAUUUUGGAAAAGGCGGAUUAGGUGGGUCUGCGUUAAAAUCAAAAGCAAGCUGCCUUUCUUCCCUUCUGCCCAACUCCACCAUAUCCGCCCAUUCCUAGAGGCAGCCCGCCAUCUCCUCUGUCUCUGUCAUUCCCCGUUCCUUCCUGCUUUGGGAGGCGGCGUGCUUAUUUUAAGUUUUGUUUCAGGUAUGUGUGGCUAGUUCAAAGGGAGGUGUGCAUGCUGGCCCCAUCCAAGUGCAGGCGCCUCUGUGCCUGGGAAACCUGAGCAUUUAUGUCCUUGCUUAUGAACCAUGACAUCUGUGCAUUCCAUGGGUGCUGACCCAGGGGGUCAGAGGUCACGCCAAGGUCAAGCAGUUUCCUCUUUCACCACCAAUAGAGACCUUGACUAGGAGUAAAUUAUGUUGCCGUUUAAGGAAAUAAUUUGAAACACUCUUGUAAUUAUAAUAAAUUUUGCUGUUUACAUUUUAAUCUUCAACCCUUUCACCCUCUGCUCUCUUUCCGUUUGGGGUGGGGUGGGGAGAAAAAGUAUUUGUGUGUGUGUGUGUGUGUGUGCAUUGAGGGAAGGGGGAAUUAUAUCUUUUAACUGCAAAAAAAAAAAAAAGAGUUCCCCGCACAAUGGCCAGGCUAAUAAAGACCACCACUAUUCCCGUUGUAGGUCUUAGCUCUGUGGGAGUGUGAUUUUUAUAAAUGGAAAGUCAACUUCAAGGGUUGUCAAAUGUUAUCCUUGUGAGACUCCUGCAAGAACAAGUUAAGCAGAGCAGGGGGUGGGAGGUGGGGGAUAAGGUUGCGUGCUUAAAAUAAAAUAAAAUAAAAGCUACCCAAGGCUAACAAACUGCUUGAUGCAGGGAGCAACCCCCCCCCCCCCGGAAAUAAGAGCAACUCCUGGGCUUCUGUUGCACAGCUCCUGUUUGUUUCAAUGGAACUUGCACAAAAAAGAAUUCUGCCUUCCAAAAUCUGGACCUCAGUUCUUGGUUAGUCAAUUUCACUCUGAUCCCCAGGCUAAACACAGGAGUUCAUGUUUGGGUGCUCAGUUUGGCAACCUAGUCCUGAAACUCCAUAUGUACACAAGAUUCUCAUGAGCAGGAAGGAAACAGUUCCCAAGAGCUCCCCUGCAAACACUCGUGCGAAAAGGUUGCACAAGAGCCUGAUAAUGAGUCAGGUCCCUCCAGCUCCAUAUUGUCUACACCGCUGGCAACAACUCUCCAGAAUUUCAGACAAAGGUCUCUCUCAGUUGUACUUGGAGAUGCUGGGGAUUACACCUUGGAGCUCCUGCUUGCAAAAUACAUGUUCUUCCACUGAGCCACGGCAAGAAGUAGCUUCCCUGUUGCAAUUUUGUGCUUCUUGUUACCCAAGAGAUUACACAAGCUCCAGGGCAGGGGUUGUUAACACGACAUUGACGGGCAGUACAACCUAUGGCACCCAUGAAAGGCCUCCAUAAAUACCCCCCCCAAUCCACAAUACAGGAGAGGUUGUUUGUACUUCCUGCUCUGUUCCUGUCUCAGCCUCUCCUGCAUCGAACACCUCAUUGGAUGCCAAGAUUAGACUCCCUUUCCCUGUCCCUUUUGUUCUGAAAAGAGGAGGGAUAGAAAGAGUUUCUUUCUGUGAGUGCAUCUGGUAGUGGUUGACAUAGGCGUCUUUCCCCUCACUGAGGGUGGAGGUCGUGAGUGGAGGGGUCCUGUCUCUUAUCUGACUCUUUCGGAUGUGGUGGCCAUUUUGUGCUUUGCCCCCACGCCUCACACACCCGAGUCAGCCAUUUUGUGAACGCCUGCAGCACUUCCUCAGAAUUCCACAUGUUAGGUUUGCCAUAUUUCAAAAAGUGAAAGACCGGACACAAAAGUUAUUGAGUUUUUAAAGGCAAAAUCGCAACAAAAGACAGAAGCUUUUGAGCUGUUUUUAAGGGAAAUCGCCAAAAAUGACACUGCCGACAUGGGUUGCCCUACGUCCGGAUUUUCAUGGACAUUUUUAGCCAUUUCCAUCUGGACACUGCUUCCGACUGCAGUAUUCUGGCUAUGUCCAAGAAAUUCCGGACGUAUGGCAACCCUACCCUAUGGGUCCAAUAGCUCCAAAAAGUUAGCAAUCCCUGCUCUAGGACACGUUGAAUAAUUUAUUGUACCUCACAUUGCAUGUUGACUAGAGACUUGCUGCAUGGUGUUAUUGACCAAUAGAACAAACAAACAAAGAGAUAUUUGAACGUAGUGCUGAUUUUCUGAUGCCAUCCUCAGUCCACCCCAAACCCUUUCAUGAGUGGAAGACACUUUCCGGAGCAGGGGUCACCAACCUUUUUGGGACCAGAAGCACAAUUGAAAACCGAAGACACUGUCAUGGGCACAACAAAAUGCCCAUUUCACAGAAGGGAAAGUGACAGAACACAGCACCCCAAACAAGCAAAGUGCCAUCACCCUGUACUGAGGGACUGGCACUAGCUGUUGAUCAGCUACCAGGCCAUGUUCAAUGCCUUGUUGUUAAGAUAUUGUUGCAUGCAAUCUUCAAGUGUUGAUAGACUCGAGGAUUUCCAGUGUUUACUCUGGAUUUUGUCUUCCUUGGAAUGAAAGGCAAUGAAGACUGUAGUGUCUUUAGGAUAUAUGGUUUUGUCCACACAUAUAUACAACCUGAGCAUGGGAUGGAGAGGCUCAUAGUAUUAACACUCCAACAUACCAUUCCUCCUCAUUAGGUUCCCAGUGACAUCUCCAAGCCACAGCUUUGGCUCCAGCACAGAGCAAGACAAGCUUCUGUCUCUCUCCCCCCAAAAAUUUCACAUAUAGCCCCCUUUUCCUACUGUUAUCCAUCCUAGGUGUCCAGGCACGUGAGCUUGGAAAAGGCCCAGGCGCUUGUCUCUACGGCAACAGGGCAACUUCUUUGGAUAUGUAAAUAGCAGCCCUUAGCUGACCAGCUGAGGCCAUUAUCUUACAAAAGAAACUGGCCUGCCCAUUUCAGCAGGUUUUUCUCUUACAGAUUCUAACCUCAUCUGCAUGAGGCCACCGGUUUGGAAAGGACCCAGGGUAUCAUCUGACCUGAACAACUUGGGACCAGCUUACCUGUAAGACUGCCUGCCUUUGAAAGAUCUACUUGUGGCACUGUCCCCUGCAGAAUAUCCUAGGGUGGUAACCCCAAAAAUGGGCAUUUUCUGCUGUUGCCCUUUUAGUAUGGAAUGCCUUUCCUUCUGCCAUAUACAAAGCAGAAACCAUCAGUUGCUUUAGAUGCCUUGCAAAGACUUUAUCUUAUUUGCCCAGCUUUUCCCUGAUCCAUAGCAGUGGACUUUGCUUUCCAAAUUUGGGUCCUCUGAAUUUCUGUUUUGUACACCUUUAUAUGCUUUUACAGCUUUCUUUUUAUUUUGCUGUUUUACUGAGUUUAGGCUGCAUUGCUGUUUUCAUGCUUUAAUGAUAUAUUGCUUGCUUGCCUAGGCAGUCCACCACUUAAGGAUUUUCGAAAUAUUAAGUGGUUGAUCAUGAUGAUACUAUAAAUGAUUGUUGGCGUUUUUACAGUAACCUCACAGCACAUGUUGCAAGUGGCAACAAGAAGUUAAAAAUCUUACCCUGAGCACUGGUACAAAAUGAGUCGCCAUCAGUACAAGCAGAGUCAAAAUAACAAGGUUUCAAGUAGGAAAUAUUGAACAUCAUAUUAUGCCCAUGACCAGAAAUGCCCAAGAAUGACAUCAGACCGCAUAGAGCACUGUGAGAUGGGACCCUUUCGGCCAGCAACAAAUGUUGUAAAGGGGAACCUGGUGUCUGAGAAGGAUUUUAAAAAUUCUUCCACCUCCAGGUUGUCUGUUACAUUCUGCUACGUUAAGCGCUUUAUACAUGCGUCUAAAAAAAUGAAUAAAACACAAAUAUAACGCAGAGGGAGGAAAGAGCAAUAUGUCCCCCAAACCGGCAACCUACCAAAUCAUACAGUGCAACCCUUGUUGUUGUUGUUGUUACAGUGGUACCUCGGGUUACAUACGCUUCAGGUUACAUAUGCUUCAGGUUACAUAUGCUUCAGGUUACAGACUCCGCUAACCCAGAAAUAGUGCUUCAGGUUAAGAACUUUGCUUCAGGAUGAGAACAGAAAUUGUGCUCUGGCGGCGCAGUGGCAGCAGGAGGCCCCAUUAGCUAAAGUGGUGCUUCAGGUUAAGAACAGUUUCAGGUUAAGAACGGACCUCCGGAACAAAUGAAGUACUUAACCCGAGGUACCACUGUAUAUCAUUAUCAUAUUGGGAAGAGCAGGGUCCUUGCUGGGUGGGUGGGGGGCUGUCCAAGGACAUUGUGGUGCCCGUAUGUGCCAUGUUGUGGGAUCCCACCCAUAGAGGAGGAGGAGUUGUUAUUAUUUAUUUAUUUAUUUAUACAUACAUACAUACAUACAUACAUACAUACCCCAGCCACUCUGGGUGGCUCCAUAUAUUAAAAACCUACGAUUCCAUUGAAGCUGCAACAGAAAUACUAAACUACAAGUGGGAUCUGCAACAAAACAUUGCAUCAUAAAGCACUAAAACAUUUCAGCCAAUAAUCAUCAUCAUCAUCAUAAUUUAUUUAUACUCCUACCAUCAGGCUGAGUUUCCCCAGCCCCUCUGGGCGGCUCCCAACAGAAUAUUAAAAACACGAUAAAACAUCAAACAUUAAAAACUUCCUGAUACAGGGCUACCUUCAGAUGUCUUCUUCUUUUUUUUUUUUAAAUGAUAUUUAUUAAAGUUUCACAAAGAAAGAAUCACAUCAACAAAAAAGAAAAAUUCAAGAAUAAAAAGAAAAAUACACAAUGCAAAAUACAAAAAGAAAAAAGAAAAAACAGUUAAAAACAAUUCCAUCUUUUCAUCACUACUUUUACAUUUACUUGUUUCCCGGACCUCCUCAUACCUCCCUCUUUUGUAUUCCAAUUCAGUUUGUUAGUCCAGCAAUUCCUUUCCCUCCUUUUUAAUCCCAAUCCUUAAUCUUAAUAUAAUAUAACAUUAAAUUUUUACCUAUUAAAAACCAAUUUUUCCAUUCUUUUAACCUUUUUAAUCCUAAUCCUUAAUCUUGAUAUAUUUAUAACUUUAAAGCCUGUACAGCUAGAAGCCACUUAAUUUCAAUCCAACAUCACUCUAACAUUCAUUAAUUUUGCAAUAUUUCUGUAAAUAAUCUUUGAAUUUCUUCCAAUCUUCUUCCACCGACUCUUCUCCCUGGUCACGGAUUCUGCCAGUCAUUUCCGCCAAUUCCAUGUAGUCCAUCAUUUUCAUCUGCCAUUCCUCCAGUGUGGGUAGCUCUUGUGUCUUCCAAUACUUUGCGAUGAGUAUUCUUGCUGCUGUUGUAGCGUACAUAAAGAAAGUUCUAUACUAUUUUAACACCGGUUGGCCGACUAUGCCCAGGAGAAAGGCCUCUGGUUUCUUCAAGAAGGUAUAUUUAAAUACCUUUUUAAUUCAUUAUAUGUCAUCUCCCAGAAAGCCUUAAUCUUUGGGCACGUCCACCAAAGGUGAAAAAUGUACCUUCAGUUUCUUUACAUUUCCAACAUUUAUUAUCAGGCAAAUGGUAGAUUUUUGCAAGCUUAACUGGGGUUAUGUACCACCUGUAUAUCAUUUUCAUAAUAUUCUCUCUUAAGGCAUUACAUGCCGUAAACUUCAUACCUGUGGUCCAUAACUGUUCCCAGUCAGCGAACAUGAUGUUAUGUCCAACAUCUUGUGCCCAUUUAAUCAUAGCAGAUUUCACCGUUUCAUCCUGAGUAUUCCAUUUCAGCAGCAAGUUAUACAUUCUUGACAAAUUCUUAGUUUUGGGUUCUAACAGUUCUGUUUCUAAUUUUGAUUUUUCCACCUGGAAGCCAAUUUUCUUAUCCAAAUUGUAUGCCUCCAUUAUCUGAUAAUAAUGAAGCCAGUCUUGCACUUUGUUUUUUAAUUUUUCAAAGCUCUGCAAUUUCAAUUUGUCUCCAUCUUCUUCCAAAAUUUCCCAAUAUUUUGGCCAUACCUUCGGAUGUCUUCUAAACGUCAGAUAGUUGUUUAUUUCCUUGACAUCUGAUGGGAGGGCGUUCCACAGGGCGGGUGCCACUACCAAGAAGGCCCUCUGCCUGGUUCCCUGUAGCCUCACUUCUCGCAGUGAGGGAACCGCCAGAAGGCCCUCGGAGCUGGACCUCAGUGUCUGGGCUGAACGAUGGGGGUGGAAACACUCCUUCAGGUAUACUGGGCUGAGGCCGUUUAGGGCUUUGAAGGUCAGCACUAACACUUUGAAUUGUGCUCAGAAACAUAUUGGGAGCCAAUGUAGUUCUUUCAGGACCGGUGUUGUAUGGUCUCAGUGGCCACUCCCAGUCACCAGUCUAGCUACCAGUCGUGCAAGUAUUCUCCUAUUCAUUUCAAUGAGAUGGACAACUCCACACAAAGAUAGAACAUUUGCCUUAUGCUGCUUUCCCCAACAAACUGCAAGCUCAUUGGCACAAGUCCUUCAUUGAACUACACAUGGGGGAAUACGUUGCUGAUAUCCUUCGCUGCUGCCCCUUUAGUGAAGGAGGUGAGGAUUAAAGAGGAAAGGGAAUGUUUGAGUCUGCACUCUGCCAGCUGCGGUGGAGAUAGAGAGCAGCGCCAUCUCACCAUGGCGAUCUUGCUGCGCAGAUGAUCAUGUGACGCUGCUCCUGUGGCAAUGCAUUGUGGGAUUUCCUAGAACAGAAGUUCAAUAACUUCAUGCCCACUCAUGUCACAGGAAACUUGUCUGUGGGAUUCGUGAUGGAGCUUUCUAAUCUGCGUAUACUAUCCAGACCUCUUGCUUUGGAGAGAGUUCCUAAACUUCUGCCAGCUUGAAGGGCUUCACUGUGGGGUCCUCUGAGGGGAAGGUCCUGAAAUCAGUCUCAUUCAGGCAAAUGUCUACUCGCCCUUCAAGGAAGGCUUAAAUAAAUGUUUUCAUUCUUCCUGGCAUUUGGUCAGCAUUAACAGCCUGCCUUUGGGUGGCUGUUUUCCACUGUUCAUUCUUGUGUGAGUGGGGUGGGAAAGGGGAAUUUGUGGCCCUCCUGCAGUGGUGGGUGGCACCCAAUUAGGACUGGUAGGGCAGGAGGCAGGGGAGCCAACAGUAGGUGGCGCCAGAGCCAAGAACAGAGAGAACCAAAUAAUUCUAUUUUUUCCUCCCCCCAUUACUCCCCCCCCCCCCAAUUAUCUUUAUUGAAGCUUAACAUAUACAGUCAUACCUCGGGUUGAAUGUGCUUCAGGAUGAGCGCGUUUGAGUUGCGCUCCGUGGCAACCCGGAAGUAACGGAGUGCGUUACUUCCGGGUUUUGCCACUUGCACAUGCGCAGGCGCUCAAAAUGACGUCACGUACAUGCACAGAAGCAGCAAAAGUGAUGCGCGCAUGUGCAGAUGUGCCGUCGCUGGUUACAUUUGCUUCUAGAUGCGAACGGGGCUCUGGAACGGAUCCUGUUCGCAUCUAGAGGCACCACUGUAUACAUAAUAACCAAAAUUCCCAAUGAUUCCCUCACAUAAAAUAUACUGGUAAUAUCUAAAUUACAACAGCUACUUAUAUGCCUAUUUGGGAGGAAUCCCGCCUGGUCUUGGUCUAUUACAUCCUUUAGGACCGAUUUCAGCCUAUUUGCUAAUAUCCCUGUGAACAGUUUAUAAUCAUUAUUUAAUAAUGAUAUGGGUCUGUAAUUGUUAACUAAUUCUCUAACUGUGCUCUGGUUGUGAAUUAAUACAAUAUUAGCUUCUUGCCACGACUUUGGUAUUUUUCCUUCUCGCAUGAUCUUGGAGAACCAAAUAAGUCUAGGUUCAUCUCUGUUCUAGAAUCCUAGAGAAUCAGAAGAACCCUGAGGGUUCCAGUCCAACUCUCUGCAGGGCAGGAAUCUUUCUCCCAACAUGGGGCUCAAACCCACAACCCCGAGAUUUAGACUCUCUUGCUCUACCGACUGAGCUAUCCCAGGUCAGUCGUCCUCCCUAAUGAGUUCUACAAGGGCAAAACUGAGACUAGGGAGGAGCAAGUCAAUAGGCAGGACUACCCCUUGGACUGGUUGUAAGUAAGAAGGCAGACCGGGGUAGGACCCAAAUCAAUGGAUUCAAGUUACAAGAAAGCAGAUUCCCACUCAACAUCAGGAAGAACUUUCUGACGGUAAGAGCUGUUCAGCAGUGGAACAGAGUCCUUCAGAAGGUGGUGGGCUCUUCUUCAUUGGAGGUCUCUAAGUAGAGGUUGAAUGGCCACCUGUCAUGGAUGCUUUAGCUGAGAUACCUGCAUUGCAGAGAUUUGGAUUAGUUAAUCCUCAGGAUCACUUACGGCUCUAUAAUUCUAUGAUAAAUUUAAAAAAUGCAUUUGCCAGGGGCCAAGAAAGAAGGCCUAGCAGGAACCAGGCAAAACUUUAGAAGUAUUUAACUGUUUUUAACAUUGUUCUUAGAAGUUUUAAUUGCAUGUUGUUGUUUAUGUGCCUGCUGUCCUGGAUUCCUUUGGGAGGAAAGGUGGGAUGGAACUUUAAUUUAGAAGGAAAUAGAAAUUCUACAGUUGGGACGUCACCUCUGAAAGAAUCUGUUCGGAUGUUCUCCUAGCCAUCACCGCACCGGGUAAUUGAUUAAGAUAUAUGAGAUCGAUAAUACGCCCAGGAACCUCACCAAAAUGCUGGAGAGGAUGCACCUCCACAGGCACAUACCUCCACAUGUGGUGGGAAUGUCCUAAAAUCCAACUCUUCUGGAUAUCAAUCAUACAAGGAAUAUGCAAAAAUAACUAAGCAAAUAUUAGAAGUCACUCCAGAACAGGCCCUACUAAAUAUCUUCCAAGACAAUAACGCCUACUCACAACACAAAGAGCUCAUAACCCACCUACUCUCAGCAGCCAGAAACAUCAUAGCCAGACAUUGGAGAGACCUGUCAGGAGUAAGCAUGGACCAAUGGUAUCAAAUAGUAUGGGAAACAGCCUUAUUAGAAAAACUAACGAACAAACUGAAACUGACAUGGGGACAAAUAGAAGAAGAUGCCUUCACACACACACGAAAACAAAUUUCACUACUGCCAAUCAAAGACAACCAGCCACACCCUAGGCCACCCCCCAACCUCUCUCACCCCCAAAGGAAUACAAGCGAAUAGUAAAGAGUACCCACACAAGUGACGCUGACACAAAACCUCACACAUACACUAAGUAGAAUAGAAGCAUUGCCACACGACCCCACCCCACUCACCAUUCCCCCCUCCACCUCUUUCCCCCCUUUCUUCCUAAUGUAACACUGAUGUCUCAACAAAUGAAACUGAUCUGUAGAAAAUGUAACCUGAAAAAAAGAGACAUUGCACAUACUUUUGGAAACCAAGAAACCAUUCACACACACACACACACACACACACACAGAGAGAGAGAGAGAGAGAGAGUGCUUUUUUCUGGGGAGACACAUACCCUUAAACAUUUUGUGAAUUUUUGUACUUUUGUCCAUUUACUGUAUUUAUUUUUCCUGAUUUGAACUAUGAAAUGGUGAUUUUCUUGAGUCAAAAUGAGAGUACCCCUAAACAUUUUUUUUAAGGAAAAAGAGCACUGCGUAUAUAUAUGAUCGAAAACUACAUCUAGUCUGCAUUAUGUUUCACAUUCCCCAGCAUGAGGACUCUAGGACUGAAGAUAUGGACCUCUGAUGGCUUCUCCAUGGCUGACUAAAGAUAUUCGAUACCUGGAACAUACCAUAUUUUUCCAUGUAUAAGCCUAGGUUUUCCCCCUUAAAAAAUAAUGUCAAAAAUUAGGGGGUGUCUUAUACACGGGGCCAUCUCCCCCCAUUUUCUUAAAUCUGAGUCCCCCAAAAUAGGGGUGUCUUAUAGAUGGGAAAAUACAGUAGGUAUAUUCAUCUUGGGAGAAAAGCAAUGACAAACCUAGACAGCAUUUUAAAAAGCAGAGACAUCACCUUGCCAACAAAGGUCCGUAUAGUUAAAGCUAUGGUUUUCCCAGUAGUGAUGUAUGGAAGUGAGAGAUGGACCAUAACGAAGGCUGAUUGCUGAAGAAUUGAUGCUUUUGAAUUAUGGUACUGGAGGAGACUCUUGAGAGUCCAUGGACUGCAAGAAGAUCAAACCUAUCCAUUCUGAAGGAAAUCAGCCCUGAGUGCUCACUGGAAGGACAGAUCCUGAAGCUGAGGCUCCAAUACUUUGGCCACCUCAUGAGAAGAGAAGACUCCCUGGAAAAGACCCUGAUGCUGGGAAAGAUGGAGGGCACAAGGAGAAGGGGACGACAGAGGACGAGAUAGUUGGACAGCGUUCUCAAAGCUACCAGCAUGAGUUUGACUAAACUGCGGGAGGGAGUGCCUGCAUGCUCUGGUCCAUGGAGUCACGAAGAGUCAGACAAGACUAAACGUCUAAACAGCAACAACAACAACAACAACAACAUUCAUUUAGCUUGAUAUUGGUCUGACUAGCUCAGUAUUGUUGACGCUGACUGGCAGUGCCUCUUCUGGGUUUUAGACAGGGGGAAUUCCCACACCCGCUGGGAGAUGGCAGGGAUUGAACCCAGAGACCUUCUGCAUGCAAAGCCAGAUGCUUUGCCUCUGAGCUACAGCUCUCCAGCUUCCCCUGAACGCAUUACUAAACAAGGCUUUGACCUGUUGCUGACAUAUGUGUUUCAAGGAGGGGAAAGUAAUGCAUUAAUGAUGAUCACAGUGUAUUUCCCCCAUUCCUCUCCUUUGGUUUCCAUCCGGGGAAAAUCAAUGCUCGGAUUAUGUUUGCUAAUGUUUGGAAGGGCUGCAGCGAGCGACUGCAAGAACAGCAGCCUGGCUUUUGCUGAAUCAGUCAACAAAUGUGCAACACAUUAAGGGAGGUUGCCUGAGGGCCAAGUAGAAGCCCCUGUGAUUUUACAUGGAUAUUAUCCAAUAAGAAACAAGCCUUGGAUUCCAAGCUUUCUUUUCCUCCCCGCUUUGCUGCCACACAGUUAAGAGAGCUCCCCCUACCACGGCUGGGUCUGCACAUAGCGGGAAGCGUCUGAGAAGUGUUUACACCACCUUGAGCUCUAUGGAGAAAGGGUGGGAUAUAAAUUUAAUAGUAAGAAUAAGAAUGGGACGUGGGUGGCGCUGUGGGUUAAACCACAGAGCCUAGGACUUGCCGAUCAGAAGGUCGGUGGUUCGAAUCCCUGCAACGGGGUGAGCUCCCGUUGCUCAGUCCCUGCUCCUGCCAACCUAGCAGUUCGAAAGCACGUCAAGUGUAAGUAGAUAAAUAGGUACCACUCUGGCGGGAAGGUAAACAGCAUUUCCAUGUGCUGCUCUGGUUCGCCAGAAGCGGCUUAGUCAUGCUGGCCACAUGACCCGGAAGCUGUACGCUGGCUCCCUCGGCCAAUAAAGCGAGAUGAGCGCCGCAACCCCAGAGUCGGUCAUGACUGGACCUAAUGGUCAGGGGUCCCUUUACUUUAAGAAUAAGAAUAAGGAAUGACUUUUUGAGUCAUACUGUGGAUGAAUUGCAAGGACACAGCUGACCACCCUCAUUUCACCCUUUGAGCAGCUGAGAAAACCAUGAAAGAUUUAGCUCAGCAUAACCAGGACCAUAGUUUUUUUCAACUUAGCAAACCACAAUUGCCAAGGCAACAACAAGCCAUGGUUUAAGGUCCAUGGCCGAAGGAGGUUUCCUCCCCUCUUCCCUCCUCCUGCUUUUUCCUCACUUGACAUGUCUUUUUAUUAUUAUUGUGAGCCUCAGGGCAGGGACUGUCUUAGAACUGAUUUGUUUCCAGAGCCUUUUAGGCUAAAGGGCAGGGUAUAAACACUGCAGGUAAAUGAAUCAACUGAAAAGAGUGGGUUAGAAAUCAUGAUUUGCCAGGGCGAAACGAAUCAUAUUCUUGGGUUUAGUCAUUGGUUUGCCACUUGUGUAAAGGGCAGAACAAAGCAAGAGUGCUCAGGAAAAUGAUUCCUAAAUGCAACAAAAUUAAUACAGUGGUACCUCUGGUUAGGUUCUUAAUUCUUAACCUGAGGUACCACUUUAGCUAAUGGGGCCUCCUAUUGCCGCUGCGCCGCCGCUGCACAAUUUCUGUUCUCAUCCUGGGGCAAAGUUCUUAACCCAAGGUACUACUUCCGGGUUAGUGGAGUCUGUAACCCAAAGUGUUUGUAACCCGAGGUGUUUGUAAACCGAGGUACCACUGUAGUAAAUAAGGCAAGUUUUCUCAGUGACAGGUCUGCAUUUACCUGUAAACACAACAGCAACACAAAACCACUAAAUAUGGAUGCUUAAUGUAGGUUUUCACACCACCCUUCCAGCCAGAUCUCAACAACAGAAGGCUCCUCGUCUGGUUUGCUAAAAUGAACCAAUGACUCUCAGCUGCAGCAUCUGUCAUGGAUCCAGGUGUGAGUCAUCCCCCCCCCCCAACAUAGCGAAGGAAACAAAGCUAAGUAGCUACCUACUUUGUAGACAACUUGCCUCUCUGCCCCAGUAGUGUCUACUCUGAGUGCUCACUCACUGGAUCAUCACCUUGUCAUGGUGAGUGGCCUUGCACGUUCCUAUAACCCUUGUGAGCAAAGCCGUUGGGAGUCUCGUACAGUGGUACCUUGGGUUACAUAUGCUUCAGGUUACAGACUCUGCUAACCCAGAAAUAGUGCUUCAGGUUAAGAACUUUGCUUCAGGAUAAGAAGAGAAAUCGUGCUCCGGCGGCGCAGAGGCAGCAGGAGGCCCCAAUAGCUAAAGUGGUGCUUCAGUUUAAGAACAGUUUCAGGUUAAGAAUGGACAUCCGGAACAAAUUAAGUACUUAACCUGAGGUACCACUGUACUCCCAACAGGAUCAUCCAAGGGGAGGAAUGAUCCAAGAAGUUCUCAACAGCAGAGCAGGCGGAAGAUAACAAGCGGUAUGUUACAACAGCUGUGAAGGCCUUUUACCAAAGGUGUCAUGGGCUUUGAAGACGCUCGAACUCAGGACACAAGGGAGGAACGUGCUAAGAGGAAGGCAUGCUUGGCAAACCCUCACCAUGAUCAAGUCCCACUCGGAAACCUAUGUCCCCACUGUGGAAGGACGUGUGGAUCCAGAAUUGGCCUCCAUAGUCACUUACAGACUCACUGUUAAGACCGUGUUCAUGGAAGACAAUGUUACUCAGCUACGGGGGAUCACCAAAGAAAGAAAGAAAGUGAAGACGAAGACUGAAUGGCAGUGGUUGUCAGGGAUGGAAAUCUACGCCAUUGCCAACUCUCAGAUCCUUUAAUUUGCAGAUGCCAGGGACUGAACCUGGGACCUUCUGCAGCCAACACAUGUGCUCUACCACUGAGUUACGUUACCUUCCCAAGAUUUGCUUGUUUGGUCCAAUUAUAGGCCAUGUAUUUCAGGACUGUUAACCCAGGAUUGCUAUCCUUGGGUAACAUAUCCAUCUAGACUGGGGGGAUGGGGACGGGAUGGGAUGACGACCUGAUCUGGCCAGGGCUACCCACCUGUGAACCACCUGACAUCACAAUGACAUCACUCCAGGGUUGCUGGGACUUUAAGGCAACACCCAGGCAUUGAAAAGAACCCUAUGCAGUGCUUUUAAGCAGCACCGAUCAGUCAAUUAAAGUCGCCAUUUAUCAGCCAAUGGGUGGUGACUUCAACCCUGCCCUCUGCAGCAAUUGGCUGUAUGGUUGAGUUACCCAUGGUAGAGAUGGGACAGAACCCUGGAGAAGUGCUGCCAGGGUAGACAAUACUGAGCUAUAGGGUUGCUGGGUCACAAGAACAUAAGGAGGACCUCUUGGAUCAGGCCAGUGGCCCAUCUAGUCCCGCAUGCUGGUCUCACAGUGGCCGAUUAGAUGCCUAUGGGGAAGCCUGUAAGCCAGACAUGAGUGCAACAGCACUCACCUCCCCACCUGCAGUUCUCAGAAACUGUCGUUCAGUAAACAUAUAACAUAACCGUCAUGGCUAGGAGCUGCUGGCAGCCUUGCCCUCCAUGGAUUGGUCUAAUCCUCUUUUAAAGUCAUCCAAGUUGGUGGCCCUCACUGCCUCCUUUGGGAGAGAGGUCCAUAGGUUAACUAUGCACUAAUGAUGUAUCUUUUAUACAUAUAAUCAUUGAAUACAGGUUGCUUUUACUCUUGAUUUUAUGCAUGUUUUUAAUAUUGUCUUCUGUAACUCACUUUGAGUUCACCUUCCUGGCGGGGGAAGUAAAAUGAUAAUCGUAGUAGUAGUAGUAGUAGUAGUAGUAGUAGUAGUAAUAGUAAAUAAUAAUAAUAAUAAUAAUAAUAAUACAGUGGUACCUUGGGUUACAUACACUUCAGGUUAUAUGCGCUUCAGGUUACACACUCCGCUAACCCAGAAAUAGUUCUUCAGGUUAAGAACUUUGCUUCAGGAUAAGAACAGAAAUCGGGCUCUCGUGGCGCACCAGCAGCAGCAGGAGACCCCAUUAGCUAAAGUGGUGCUUCAGGUUAAGAACAGUUUCAGGUUAAGAACGGACCUUCGGAACGAAUUAAGUACUUAACCCGAGGUACCACUGUAAUAAUAAUAAUGAUAAUAAUAGCAUCAAGCAUGUCAUAGGCUCCUCACUUUUGGAUUUAGAGUGUCAGGGUCAAGCAAGGAACAACAACAACAAUUUUAUCAUUCGUUGCCCGAGCUCCUCUGGGUGGCUUCCAGCAUAUAUAAAAACAUGGGAAGACCCAGUUUCCAAUUCAGGAUACUCAGUUUGCAUACACCCCUUACAUUCAAAGCACAUUCAAAGCAUUUGGCAUCUCCCAAGGAAUCCUGGAAACUGUGGUUUGUUAAGAGUGCUGGGGGUUGUAGUUCUGUGAGGGCUAAACUUUCUUCUUUCUUUGGUGAUCCCUCGUAGCCGAGUAAGAUUGUUUUCCAUGAACAUGGUCUUAACACUGAGUCUGUAAGUGACUGUGGAGGCCAGUUCUGGAUCCACACAUCCUUCCACAGUGGGCACAUAGGUUUCCGGGUGGGACUUGAUCACAGUGUGGAUUUGCCAAAUGUGCCUUCCUCUUAGCAUGUUUCUCCCUUUUGUCCUGAGUUCGAGCGUCUUCAAAGCCCAUGACACCUUAGGUAAAGGCUGUUCUCCAGUUGGAGCACUCUCAAGCCAGUGUUUCCCUGUUGUCAGUGUUUAUACUACAGUGGUACCUCGGGUUAAGUACUUAAUUCAUUCCGGAGGUCCGUACUUAACCUGAAACUGUUCUUAACCUGAAGCACCACUUUAGCUAAUGGGGCCUCCUGCUGUUGCCGCGCUGCAGGAGCACAAUUUCUGUUCUCAUCCUGAAGCAAAGUUCUUAACCUGAGGUACUAUUUCUGGGUUAGUGGAGUCUGUAACCUGAAGCGUAUGUAACCUGAAGCGUAUGUAACCCGAGGUACCACUGUAUUUUUUUUAGAUUUGCAUUGAGAGAGUCUUUAUACAUCUUUUGUUGACCCACCAGCAUUAUGCUUUCCAUUUUUAAGUUUGGAAUAGAGUAGUUGCUUUGGAAGACGAUAAUCAGGCAUCCGAACAACAGGACCAGUUCAACAAAGUUGAUGUUGAAGAAUCAUGGCUUCGACACUGGUGAUCUUUGCUUCUUCCUGUACACUGACAUUAGUCCGCCUGUCUUCCCAAGUGAUGUGUAAUUUUUUUUGGGAGACACCGCUGAUGGACUCUUUCGAUGAGCUGGAGAAGGUGUUUAUAAGUCUAAACUACACUUCCCAGGAUUCCUUGGGGAAAGUAAUGUGCUUUCAAUGUAUGCUCUGAACGUGACUGAAGUGGGUGAGCUUCACAGCCUAAUCCAUCUCCCCAAGCUGUUGUGAGGAUAGAAAGAGACUGCCCCUUGAAGGAAGUCGGGGGAUGAAGAAAUACAACAAACAAAGGACCAUCAACCCCAGAAAGAGUAACUUUAUGCUCACAAGCCUCCUGGUUUAGCUUUGCCUCGGCCCGUCAGGAGGUGCCCAUCACACAACAGCAAAAUAAUUCUCAGCAAUUUCAGAUUCCGAUCCCGAUUUUUGCAGGAAUGGUUUUGAACAGGAGAUGUUUGAGUGGCAGGGAGAGCUUUUCCGAAGCACAAUGAAAUAGGAAUCGACUCCCCAAGGCUUCUGUUUAUUUUUGCAAGGGUCCUGCAGCCAACGAAUGAAACAAUCUUUGUUACCAUCUGCUCUACUGAAGGGCACAUUUCACGUGUCGGUCAGUUUCAGAAAGUUAAUGGGCAAAUGCACAUUACUAACAUAGCCGUGGAAGGCAUUUAUAAACACUGCCUCCAUCAAAGACGGUCUGAAGCAGCGAAGGCUGUUUUCUUUCACCUUGCGAGUUCCAUGUCUGCAAAUGACUAAUUGUUCCAGGUUUUUAUCUCCAGAAGGUGCUGGGUGGCAGAAGAUAUUUACAAGAAAGAAAAGCAGGAAAUAAUUCAUCUUGCGGCAGGGGCGGGUGGGGGGAGGCUGAAUGGAAUCUGUGGUGUUUGGGAAUUUUGAGGGUCUUUAAAGACGACUCCAUUUCCUCUGCCGACAAAGGGCCUUCGUUCUUAAUAUUUACACAACAAUCCCUUUAACCGCUGGUGACACAAGCGCGGUUGGAUUGUGGCCCACUUAAGGGGGAAAAAGGUAACAGCACACUAUAGAUGCCUUCUCGGAAAUAAAUCCCACAGUGUUCAGUGUCUAGAAAGGGAGCCUACAUUGGGCUGAACCAAAUAAAAGCAGGUUCAAAUAAACCAACCAACCAACCAACCAACCAAACAAACAAACAAACAGAAACAAUCCAAGGGAAAGUGUGUCAAAAUGCUUUCUAAUCACGUUUUUUUCCUUCAAAAAAUAUGUUUUUUUUCUUAGCCCACAAAACAGACUGAACUCUUGAAGCCUGGGGUCCCUCCUUCCAACUCUACAAUCCUAUAAGUCUAUGAAAUGUGUACGCUUUCCCCCAUUAGGGUUAGGGUUAGUCCCAUGGUUACCUCUGCAGAACUCAACAGCAAAGAGGAUGGGAUCAAAGCUAGAAUUAUUUUGCUCUGCUUCUCGCUGGCUCUGGCUCCACCUACUGUUGGCCUCCGGCCUUACACUCAAUCAGUCCCAACAGGGAACUGACCACCACUGGAGUGGGGAGGUGGUGACCCUAGUGUGCACUGUCUUGCCACUCAGUUUCACCUUCCCAUAGGGGAGGAGAAGCCAAGAACCAAUGCUUUGAAUUGCACCCUGGUUCCUGCCGAGCUGGUGGUGAAACGGCAGCAACAGAUUUGCUUCAACCCACUAG